AUGCCUCGGCAACCCCGCAUUCAAGUUCGCUCGCUUCGAGCCGCCAUGUUCCUCCGAACUGGCGCUCUAAUUACCCCAGAUCUUCAUACGUUCGUUUCCUCUUUUGGGUCAUUGAACACUUCGAAGCCUAAACCUCGAGAUAACACGUUAUCCCUGGGGAACUACACCUUAAACUACAGAUACAAUACAUUUUUCCAGACUCACCGACGAAGGUGUUUAACAUCAGAGAUUGGAGAACGCCAAAAAACUCUAGCAUGGUUUCCGUCACCUUGCUACUGCCUUCAUCCAAUCCAUCUACGCGAUAACUGGAAACCCAUUCCUUUGUUAGCAGCGGGGGUUCUUGGUAAACACUGCAGUGACUUGAUUUGCAUAAUUCAAGUGCUACUUAUGGUUUACUAUGUCAAAUCCGCAUCAAAAAUGAAGCCACGACUAUCCGGCUGCAGAAUUGAUCUACUGAGUCUGUUACUGAACCAUCCUCCCGCUAGCUUAGAAAAUAAUAAGACGUUAAUUUUAUCAACUGGCUCUCUGGAAGAUUUAUGUUGUAAAUUAAUCUGCUGUUCUUGGUGCAAGAAUGAUAUCUGCUCGUUUUGCUAUGGGAGGAUUAUCGGCGGAAUCACCUUGUUCGCCUACAGUUAUGCGUCGCUCAAAUUCAUCUCAGUUCUCUCGAGACUCAUUUAUCAUUCUCGCUUUGCUGUCAUAUUCCCCAUGGCGCUCGUAGUCAGUGAGACCGGUCGUAUCCCCCCAUUCUUUGAAGCUGGCUAUACUCCAUCAUGA